GUGCGUAGUGAUAUUUGACAUGACAAGAUUAGUGAUGCGGUUGUAAAUGAGCAGAUGGAGUGCGGACUGUGAAGAUUAUAUUCAUGUCGGAAACGUCGCUAUCUAACGCUCAAAUUGUUAUCACAAAUGCGAAGAUUGUGCCUAAAAUGGCUACAGUUGCCAUUGCUAGAGCACAAAGUGAUUAUAUUCAACCUUCCAGUACAUCACAGGAUAUCCAGCCUUCCCCUCUCGCGAUGUUAGCAGCCACAUGUAGUAAGAUUGGAACUGUUGCGGAGACAGCGGGAACAACAACCCAUGCCCCACAGACAACCGUGAAGAUUGUAGGUCAAAAUCAAGCUGGUGAAUUCAUAACAACAGCAACAGCAGGAAAUAUUGUUACUGCAGUUCCUCAAGCGUCCGUCGCUCAGCCAGUUCAGGCAGUGCCCAUUCGCCUUGCGACGGCCCAGUUAUCUUCCGGGACAAGCGGUGCUCAAGUUGUAGAUGGUUCUCAGGCUUCGCCCGUUAAAACUGUCAUAACAACGGGCUUAAAUACCCAGCAAAUAAUUCAGCCACAUGUAUUGAACAAUGCUAACUUACUGCAGUAUAGCAUAAUCCCUCAAUUACACUUGGAUUCUGAUGGAAGCCUGAUUGCAACUCAAAUCCCAGGAACUAACCAGGCAAUUCUCAGGGCUGCAACUCCAGCUCAGACAAAUUUAAAUCUAGCCACUGGAUUAGCUCUGCCUAGUGGACAACUAAUUUCUAAUGGGCAAUUUGUUCAAAAUAUUGCAACUCCUCGUUUAGCACUAGCGCAGGGUCUGACUUUUCAAUUGGCUCCAGCCUCAAAUGCAUCAGUUGCAAACACUGAACAAGGAGGGGGACAAGUCUACAGUAUUGUUGCAGCACCUCAGCAGGUAUUUCAACAGCAACAGGAUGUUUCAGACUCUAAUUUUACAAGCGAUCAAAAUAUCAAACAAGAUGUAAGAACUUCGUCUACAGGUUCAUUCGAGUUGAAACAAGUCAGUUCACAGGCUGUAACAUCGACAACCUCACAACCACAGGCCGUUCAGACAACACAGAACAUAAAAACUAAUAAUACAGUCAUUCAACAAGAUACAAAAAAUACGCAAGACCCUGCAACUCAGUUGCAGCAGCAGCUUCAACAGGUUGUGGCAUUCCAACAAACAAAUUUACAGCAAAGACCCGUGUUUACAAUUCAGCAGCCACAGACCCAGGGUGCACAAAUUGUGAAUGUGAUUCAACCCCAACAGAUAACUCUACAACCCCAGCAGUUAUCGGUUCAGCCCCAGCAAACUAUUUCUCUUCAUCCACAACAAGCAAUAUUACAACCACAGCAAGCUAUUACAGUUCGAACACAAGCAACAACGCAGAUUACGACACCAUCACAACAAUCACAAGUUGUUGCACAAGCCGUGGGUACCCAGGGAACUACGUUGAUUCAGAGCCCUUUUAUAACUGCAGUGAAGGCAAUACCAAAUACAUUAAAUUUGCAACAGGUACAACUACAAGGCUUAAAUAUAUCUGGUACAAAUGCACAGGGCCAGCCUAUCUUUACAGCAGUUUCUGGAACAACAAUUAGCAGCAAUCCAAACGUAGCUGUGCAGAGUUACAGCAUGGCAAAUGUACCAACAUUAACGGUGCCGACAGUGUCUACGCAGCUCCGUCAAGGAAUACCAACCACCACUGCUGUUGUUGGACAAGUAACCACAGUUGCUCCACAAAUUGUGCAACAAACUAUCCUGGAUACAAAGAAAUGGACACAACAGGCACAAGCAGCCAUUCAACAAGAAACCCAAGUUACUGCACAAUACCUGGCCAACCCAGUGGUAGAAGACACAGCUUCCCAACCAAAUCCAGGCAAAAGGCUUAAGCGAGUGGCCUGCACAUGUCCUAACUGCAAAGAUGGCGAUUCCAGGAACUCUGAUGGUAAAAAGAAACAGCAUAUUUGUCACAUGAGUGGUUGUGCAAAAGUUUAUGGCAAGACCAGCCAUUUGAGGGCACACUUGCGCUGGCAUACGGGAGAGCGGCCAUUUGUGUGUAAGUGGUUAUUCUGCGGCAAGAGGUUCACAAGGUCAGAUGAACUGCAACGACACAUCAGGACACACACUGGUGAGAAGAAAUUUUCGUGCGAUUUGUGUUCAAAACGUUUUAUGCGAAGCGACCACCUAUCAAAACAUCAGAAAACCCAUCAGAAACCAAAGACUGUAGUACGAGCAAACAACGAGGAGAAUGACCCUGAACAAAGCAUUAUCAUGGCGGUCGAGGAAAGCACUAUAGGCUCAACUCCAACAGUGGUGGUGACAAUGGGGAAACCAGGGGACACCAUAUGAAUUUGAAUUCGAGAAUGCAAUGAAAUCCAUUGAAUGCUGCCCUCAACUUUUAGAUCAAACUGUCACAACUUUCAGUUGCUUCUCUUCCACUUUAAUAUGCAAAUUUGAAGAACUAUUAUGUUUGAUACGUUGACAGCAUAUGAGCUUCUGUUUUUUUCACAAUUUUGAGAUAUAUAAAUACUGCAUUUCUACAGUAUGACUGUAUUUUUGUGUGUUAAGUAUGUACCCUGAUUUAUUAUACAGAAACGUAUAUUAAAUGUACAAUAAUGCUUUUAUGAAAAGCGUAAAUGAAGAUUAUAAUAUUUAUUAAUGAAUUUGAGAUGUAGUUAAAUACAUUGCAUACAAGCACAUCAACAAGUAAGAUAUGAUUUCUAUGUAUGUGUACAACUUGCAUGCACAGGCUAGUAAAUAAUGUAACCUAGUGGAUUAUUUCCUGUUCUGUUUUUAAGCAGGUUGUUUUCAAUUGUACCAUGUUUAUUUGGCUACAUCUUGAAUAUAGAUUACUUGUGUUGAUGCUUUCUUAAUCUCCAGGCCUAAGCAGAGAAUUAUGUGAGAUUACUCUAUUGAUUCAGUUUAUGAUAUAGCAAGUCAAAUAAGGAUACCUGCAAACAUGUGUGAGUGACAGGUAUAUUAGUGUUUUUAAUUUUUUAUUCACUUUAUCAAAACAUUAAACAAAUUCAAAAUCAAUUCAAAUUGAAUACUAUUUUAGUAAAUGAUAGUUAUGAGUAAAAAUGGUCUUGAAUAUAAAAAACAAUACUUUCAAAAUAAUCAUAGUAUGUAAUAUGCUAAUUAUAAAUCAGGUAAUGCUACGGAUAAUGAAUAAAUAGAUUAAUUGAUAUUGGUUGGUAAUGGAUAUUUAUCGUUACUGAUUUGUGAUAAAUCGUUUUCAGUCUUAGAGAACUAACAACUACAAAGGAAACUGAAAACAUUCAAGUGUGUGUUCACGAUUUGCCUACUGAUAUUGAUGUAUCAUGUUCCUUAAUGCUAAAAUUUUAGUUAUAAAUUGUAAAUUUUAUUGCAUGUUUCUGAAAUGCUGUUUCCUAAAGCAAUCUAUGAAUGCAAUGCACAUCAAAACAUAAAAAAAAACCUGUACAAAUUGUAGAAAGAUAAAAAGUAUAUAUGUACAUAGUGUAUAUAUAAUAGAUAGUAAAAUUCAAUUAGAUUUUUCAAUAUAUUCAUAUAAUGAAAUGAUGUAUAUUGACUUGAAAGUUAAUUUUUGAAAGGGGUUUCCAAGUUGUGAGUGUGUUGAGCAAUGGAACAAUACCUUUGCAGGUAAUUUCCCUAAAUGUCCAUCAUAGUUUUUAAUGCCAAUCUGUUUUUUCAUCCCUUUUAAUCAUAAUCAUGUAAAUUCAACCAUUGGAAUGUUUUUGCUAUUUCUUUGUUGCCAUAUAAACAUGAAUUUUCUCAAAAUGUUGUGAUAUCUUCCUAAUAUCGUGAACUUUAAAACUUUUAAAAAGUUGAAAUAUUCUUUGAUUACAGCUCCACCUCAUUAUGUCCGACUGCUUAUUCUGCACAACUCAUGAGGGUGCAGUACUGCUAGAAAUAGGAAAAUUCUGUUUUGUUAUCUGAAGAAUACUAUGGUGUCUUGAUAAAGCCUACCUGACUUGCAUUAAUUAAUGUAUGUAUUAACUAGUACAUUAAUGAUUAGUAAAACGCAGCACUGAAAAGUGAUAAGAGAACUGUGCAAUAAAGCAAAAUCUGGUUGCUUUGCUAUCCCCAUAUAUUUGUAUAUAUUCACAAUAUCACAGUAUAUUUAUAUGCAGAUAUAGUUUGCCUAUAGUAUAAUUAUAAUAUGCUUAUAUGUUUGUGUAUAUAAGUUCUAUCUGUAGCUACAUGUUUUCCAUUUGUACAACAUUAAACCAUUGUUUUUAUAUUUCUUGUAUUUAAUAAGUAGGCCUAUAUGCACCAAGCAAGCCAUCAGUAUGGAACAAAUUUCAGUCCCUAACACUUGAUGCUGACUAUUUUCUUGUUUACAAUCAGUAAACAAGACAUUAUGUUGGGAUUUAUGUAACUUCAUGUACAGAAAUUGAUGACUUUUAUCCCUUUAAAAUAAUGUACUGUACAGAAGUCAGUUGCUUCAGGAUUUCUGCCCUUUAAGAUAAUGUACAGAAGCAGCUGUCAAGAUUUCUGUGGAGAUCCAACUGCCUUUUUUUUUUAGAUAAACUUACUUGCAGAUUAAGAGAUUAGCCAGUAAUCUUGUUCUUUGAUGUUGGCCGUUAAUUUGCCAAUAAAAAUUGGUUUUAUUGGAAAUAUUAUGCAGGGGAAAUUGUGUUGCCAUGGUGCAUUUAUCUCUUGUAUGAUAAUCCUCUGGAUUCCCAUAUUUUUCUUAUGUUAUUGGCACUUUAUUGUUAUACUGUUUGAGUGUAUAGUAGUCUGCAGGACUCUAUAUAAUAAUAAUUAUUAUUAUAUUAUUUUAUUAGGUUGCUAUUGGGUUUCUAUACAUGAUGGUAAUAUUUUAUUUAUGUCCAUCUAUUUUUGAUUAUGUACAAAAAUAUGUCAAUACAUUAUGAAUACUGUUUUGAGUUGGAUGUCUAGUAUUUUCCAAAGUUGUGUGUGUGUGAUGUUUAGUUAUAGUAGUAUAUAUGAGCAAGAAUAGAGUGACCAUAUAGAUAAUUCUUGGGGUUUUUUUUGUACCAAAGUAGGACCAGUCUAAAUUCUGAAUGAUCUUGUCCUUUGUAAGCUUUUAAACUUUACUGGUUACAAAAGGUGUGCUAUGUUCUCACAUUCAUGUGAAACUAUGAAAUAUAAUUUACAGUGAUUUUUAAGUACUGUACUGUACUUCAUGAUAAAAUAAUUUUUUCUGCAAUUUAAUUAUUAUAUUAUAAUUACAUAUAAUAAUGGUGGAAUGAAGAUUUCGGAUAUUUAAAUAUUACUCUGAAUUAAAUUUAUAUGGUAGGGCUUUUUCACAUUAUGCUAUUAAAUUUGUUCUUUCACUCCUAGCAUUUAGAUAAAAAAUUUGUCAAAUUUGAUAUUUAAAAUGCUGAAUUAAUUAUAGUUACAUUUUUAGCUUUCAAUUAAAAAUCAGAAUGAUGAUUUCCCUCGACAAUUAAGAUGUAUAAAUAUUGCAGUUUCUGUAUUACAUAUUACAGUAUAUAGUCUAUUAAAUUUGCCAGUAAUCAAUUGGCUUUCAUAAUACUGAAAGGGUCUGUAAAUCUGAAUGGUUUGAUCUGUUUCAUGGAAGUUAACGCACCGUAUUUGAGCCUUUCAAAUGAGCAAUUUAUUGAGUUUUUUUCUACAUUUUAUGACAGAUGGUGUAUCUUUGAUUGUUCCGAAUUAGAAUCCUUUUAAUCAUUUGAUGUUGGUACUAUAUUAGUUAUUUUCUUACUUCACUUGUUUGGUAUUAUGAUUUAUAUCCUUGUACAUAUGCUUGGAAAAGUGUACAGUAUUAUGUUAUUGGCAACAAUUAAACCUACACAAGGAUGUAGCAUACAAAUGAAGAGGUUGUCUUUUAAAACUGAGUUCUGAAUAAAUAUAUUUGUUAUCAGAAUAAUUCCACACUUAGAUACUCUGUACAUACAAUACACAUUAUAACCACCACCAUGGCAGAAGGAGUAGCACAUUGAGGGUGCUUUUGCACUCCAUAAUGACUAACGAUGGUAGUCAAUCGUAUCAAACACUUAUUCAGCCACUUAACACUGUAAAAAAAUAAAUACAAAUCGGUCAUAAAUGCAGAAAAAUGGUGCAAAUUAACGAAAGUUACAAAAACGCGACGAGGGAACUAAACGAUUUACAUAUGCAAUCGUAUCAAACAUUUAUUCAGCCACUCAACACUGUAAAAAAAUAAAUACAAAUCAGUCAUAAAUGCAGAAAAAUGGUGCAAAUUAACAAAGUUACAAAAACGCGACGAGGGAACUAAACAAUUUACAUAUGCAAUUGACUUUUGGGUAGUUGACAAAUAAACAUAUAUAUAUGCAAAUUAUGUAUUUUUGAUGCUGCAGUACAGUAUAUGAAAGCUGGUUGGAAGUUAAAUGAAUGUGCAUAAGUGUUAGUUCACCAUAUAGUUUAUACCUUGCACAAAACCUUUUUAAAACCACAUCUCUGUCCAUCUGGAUAAUAAAAAUAAAAUCACCAUCAAUAAAAAAUAAAAAUGACACUGAUAAUUAGUAACUCACUGCUACAUUAAAACCUAUUAUGAUAAAUUACAAAAUUAUACAAACUGAGCAAAAUAUAUAAAUAUAUGUAUAUCUUCAUUUAAAAUGAUUAGUAACCAUUAUGAUAUGUACAGUAACAUCAUAUUUUAUAUAUACAGAUCAUAUAUCAUUUUGUUUCAAGACACAUUUUUGGAAGAGUUUAUCUUUAAGAGUCUUCCAGCACCUGUCCAGAUUUAGACAUUGAGUCCAUUCUAGGUAAAUGUAAUUAGAUUAGUGCACCAAAGCCUACGAUAAUUUACACAAUAAUCACAACAGCUUCACUAGACCACAGCUACUCAACAAGUCCAAAAAAAAA